AUGGAAAGGUGGUUAGGACAUGUUGCUUUAGUGACCGGUGCUACAGCAGGAAUUGGAGAAGCGAUUGCUGAAAAAUUGGUAGAACAUGGAAUGAAGGUUAUUGGAUUGGCUAGACGGAAAGAACGUUUGGAUGCUCUAGCUAAAAGACUAUCGUCGAAAAAUGGGAAAUUCUAUGGUUUCGUGGGUGACGUUACCAUCGAAAAAGAUAUAAUAAACGCAUUUGAUUGGACGAAACAAAACGUCGGUCCAGUUAGCAUUCUCGUGAAUAACGCCGGUAUUUCCAUAUGGGGUCCGCUGGCAUCUGGCGAAACCAAAAAUUGGAGAGCUAUUUUGGAUACGAACGUUCUAGGAGUUUGUAUAGCAACGAGAGAAGCUAUUAAACAUAUGAAUGAAAACGAUGUAGAUGGUCAGAUUAUAAAUAUUAAUAGUAUCGGCGGACAUCGACUACCGCAUAGACCAGUACUGAAUUUAUAUCCUCCAAGUAAACACGCCCUUACCGCUUUAACCGAGUCUCUUAGAAGAGAACUAGCUCAAUCCGGCUCAAAGAUUAGAGUAACUAGUUUGAGUCCCGGAAUGGUUGAUACAGAACUAAGACAAGCCGGAACAGCCGAAAAACGCGUAGACGAUUCCACUUACAAGGCGUUGACUAUGGUGCCCAUGUUAAAAUCUGCCGAUGUUGCAGACGCGGCUGUUUAUAUUCUAUCGACACCCACUUCUGUUAACAUCGCCGAACUUAUAAUCGAACCAGUGGGAGAAUUGAUAUGAUUUCAAAAUUCAUUUUUCUAAAUAAACAAUGAAGAAUU